GUGUGACUGGGCACUAUUUAAGCAGCUGUUUCGUGACCCGGCCGAGCUGACAUGAACAUCUUCACCCGAGUCCCAGGAUCAAUACCACCAACCAGCAAGCUGGGGUCAGUCCUCCAACGUGCCUUCUAUGGGUCCAGUGGGCGGGUGACGCUCUACGAGCAGCGAAACUUCGCUGGCCGACGCCUGGACCUGAGCUCGGACUGUUCUCGCCUGAGUGACAAGAACUUUCCAGAGAGAUGCAACUCCGUGCAGGUGGAGAGCGGCGCGUGGAUCGGGUUUGAGCAGGAGAACUUCAGGGGGCGUCAGUACCUGUGGGACAUGUACGACCGCGGCGAGUACAACUCCUGCGACAAGUGGAGCAGUCAGGUGGAUCAUGUCUCCUCCGUCCGCGCGGUCAAACAGGACAACACUCCCGCCAAAGCUCAGCUGUUCGAGCGCGCCGGGUUCUCUGGCAAGAAGAUGGAGAUUCAUGACGACAUUCCCAACCUCAUGAGUCGCUUCAGCCUCAACAGAGUCGCCUCCAUCCGGGUUCUGGGAGGAGCGUGGGUGGUUUACCAGGAGCCCAACUUCAGGGGUCCUCACUACAUCCUGGAGAAGCGCGACUACAACAGCUUCACAGACUGGAACAGCCAAAACAACACAGUGGGCUCGAUACGACGGAUCCGAUUCAACUAGAGCGCGGACGAACCCAAACCCCCGCUCGCACAUUUUUCAUAAUAAAUGCGCUAAAACUGAAGACCAGGCCAUGGUUUCUUUGUUGCCUGCAGGUUCUCCACCUUUCCUCGAUCAUCAAACUCCCAAGAGCUUCACCUCUUCAACCCUUCCCUUGUUUCCAUCACCCAUGACUUGGACCUUCUCUCCUCCAAAAGUCAAAGUGGCCGGUCUUGGAUUCUCUCUGGAAGUCUGCAAGCUAUUUUCAUUCCUCCUUUCAACGUUGCUCUUACCCUCCUUGAUCGUGAUCCAUUAACUGCAAUCUAGGACAUGGUCUUUUGUGUUGGACUUCAAUUUAUUCUGUGUUCCUCUCCCCCUGGCCCAGCUGGGGAAACACCCCAGGAGAAGCCAUGAUAGCACACGCUGAAGGGAUUUGAGUCUCGCUUCUUACUUCCACUUCCUCUACAACACUCUGUUUUUAUAAAAAUAUUUUUUACUGAUACAACACUAAAUUCAAGCACAAAAUUAUAGAACACUUGUUAAUUUUGAAUCCAGCAAUCUAACGAAAUAUUCAUUUAAAUUAAAGCAAGAAAAUCCGCAAUAAGACAAGGACAGCUGACAUUUGGGAAAACUUGUCCUCAAGUGAAAAACAACAAAAAAAAAAAAAAGAAAAAAGAAAACCCAGCAGAAAUAAUAGCAGGAAGAGGUUUAAAAAAGAGCGAAAACGACGACGCAUCUGCAGAAAUAAACAUUAGAAUCUUUGAAGUGCCUCGCCUUUGAUUCAUUACAAGACAUUUUUAUGCCCACAAUGGCUCAAAUGCGGUUUGCUUGUCGACAUUUCAAAAUAAAAUGUAAUUAUCACUCUGGAGCCCUUUUCUGUGAAUGCGAAAGAAAAAAUGUUAUGUUACGAUUGCACACACCAAUAAAAAUAAACAAGUCCGUAAGACAA